CUCUGGCUGACCUGACACCUGGCUCUGGAGUCACACAGGGGACCAACGGCCCUCCUGAAACACCACUGAUGACUGAGAGUUAAGAGCCCUUCCAUCUGAUUUACACUUCCUGUUACUAACCAUCAUGUCGUGGUCGGAGGGUGUGAACUCCACUCUGAACCUUGACCCCAACACCUCCUCCUCCCUGGUCUGCACCAACCUGUACGACCACCGCCCCGUCGCCCGCGUCCUCAUGUCACUCCACUACAGCCUGGUCUUCACGCUCGGCCUCCUAGGUAACGCCCUGGCACUGCACGUCAUCAGACCCAACCUGGCCCAGAUCAACUCUACCACGCUCUACUCUGCCAACCUGGCCGCCUCCGACGUCCUCUUCACUCUGGCCCUGCCUCUGAGGAUAGCCUACUACGCCCUAGGUUUCCACUGGCCCCUGGGGGAGACCCUGUGUCGGGUCACCGCCCUUCUGUUCUACGUCAACACCUACGCAGGGGUCAAUUUCAUGACCUGCCUGGCCGUAGACCGCUUCGUAGCAGUGGUUCUCCCUCUACGUUACACCAGGCUCUGCCGGGCCAGGACCAUCCGCUACGUCUGCGUAGGGGUGUGGGUUCUAGUCCUGGUCCAGACGUUACCCCUCCUCUCCGUGACCAUGACCCGGGCCGAGCCGGACGGGACCACCACCUGCAUGGAGUACCCCAACUUUGAGAACGGGGCCGUGGAGGGACUCCCCUACGUCCUCAUUGGAGCCGUCGUCAUGGGAUACGCCGUUCCCGUUGCAACCAUCCUGUGUUGCUACUUGGUGUUGCUUUGGAAGCUGCGGUUGGUGACGAGAAGUAGGGUCGGUGGGCGAGGUCACAGGUCAUCGAGGAGCCAGAAGGCGACGGGGGUGAUAGCAGGGGUAGUGUUGGUGUUUGUAGUGUGUUUCAGUCCCUAUCACAUCAACAUCCUGCAGUAUAUGAUCCGAAAGCUGAGAUACACACCAGACUGUACCGAGCUCCAGGCCUUUCAGAUGUCUCUACACUUCACUGUGUGUCUCAUGAACUUCAACUGCUGCCUGGACCCAUUUGUCUACUUCUUUGCCUGUAAGGGUUACAAGAGGAGGGUGAUGAAGAUGUUGAGGGUUCAGGUCAGCGUCUCUUUCUGGUCCGAACCGGGGAGGACACCCCCUUCAAACGGGGGGGGGACCCGGGACGGGAGGAGCAGGCUGGGUAGCCACACAGCUUGUCCUGUUGCUUUAGAUGAUCUUACAAAGACCAUUCCUGGGCCAGAGACCGAGACAGGACCCAGAGACUGAGACAGGACCCAGAGACCGAGACAGGACCCAGAGACCGAGACAGGACCCAGAGACCGAGACAGGACCCAGAGACCGAGACAGGACCCAGAGACCG